AUGCUCGUCAAGGUUUCACACCCCGAUGGGAUGAAAGCUUGGCCUAGAGGUUCCCCAUCUGCAGAGGCCUCAUCCAAGGUCACUGACCAGGCAGAGAAGAUACAGUCGUUCAACUGCAAUGGUGCCUCCCAUGUGAAGGUUAUUUCUGAGGUACUAGAGGCCACUAUUGACCGUACUGAUAUGGGUGCUUCAGCAGAUUGCGUGGAGGAGCCGGAUGCCCGUAGGACGACAGCCAUAAAAUACGGGAAUGUGAAUAUCAUUUUCAAGCUGCUCGUUUUACGUUCCGGUUUUGGCUGCGUAGAAAACCGUUUCACCGAGAGGUAG